GGUGUAAAUUAUAUUCUGUAAAUUUAUUCCGAGCAGAACAGUUUGGUGUAGGUUAUUCUACGUACUUUACUUCUCUGUUUCCAAAACUUCAUUCAAAUAUUCUUAAAUUAGCAUAACAAUGUCAUUUGGAGUUCUACACCUGCUGACAAUGCGAUGUUACGCGCACCGGACUUCAUUGACGUCAAAGUAGUUCGGAGGAGGAAGAUAUUAGAUAAUAGAUAGUGUGCAGUUGAGUUUACAGUGAUGUUUGUAGUAAAUAUAACGUAUUGAUAAUGAGAGAAGAACUGUUCAGAUGUUGUAAACAAGGAAAUGCAACGCGAGUGAAGUACUUACUAGAAAACACUGACAUCAAUCCAAAUGUUAGAGACGAAUGGGAUAGUACACCGUUAUAUUAUGCUUGUCUCUGUGGUCACAGUCAGGUGGUUGACUUGUUGCUAAUGAAUGGUGCUCAUUGCGAUGCCAAUACUUUUGAUGGAGAGCGUUGUGUUUAUGCAGCACUUACUGACGAAAUAUCUGAAAAGCUACGAAGUUACAGAGUUCUGUCCAGUCGUACGAUGCGACGUGAUUAUUAUGACGAAUUCUUGCGCCGCCUGUUGCAGUGUAGUGAAUACAGCGAUGUAACAUUUGUUGUACACGACGAAGAGUUUCAUUUGCACAAAUGUAUACUUUCCUCAAGAUCAGCAUACUUUCGCAACAAGUUUAGAGCCAAAUGGCAAUUUCGACAAGUUGUGACUAUUACGAACAAUUUAGUAAAGUCAAACGCUUUUAGAGCACUGAUACAAUACUUGUACACAGGACGUUUAGAAACCCACCUGGACUCUGUGGAUGAUUGUAUUCUUCUGAGUUCGAAUUGCAAGCUGUUUGUCCUGGAAGAAGAGCUGAAGAAAGCACUUAAAAAAGUUGCUUCUCAAUAUGUCAAACCAGGUAUGCAUGUCAAAGUUAUUGUGUUAGAAUCGUCUGAGCUUACCGGUCAACUUCAAGAAGACUUUGGAAGAAUGGCUGAUGACGUUGUAAGCUGUUAUGAACCGCAAAACUUUGCUGAUUUGUGUUUGUACGUUGACGGGCGUUCAUUUUAUUGUCAUAAAUUGUUUGUUUGUGGCCGGAGUGAGUAUUUUAGCACCUUAGUGAGAAAGGAUCAUUUCAAUGAAGUGAAUAUUGAUACCGAGUUUGAUGUUCCAGUGAUAAGAAUUAAUGGAGUGCCUGUGGAAGUCCUUGCAGCAGUAUUGUAUUAUAUAUAUACCAAUGCUGUCAAUGUUCCUCCUGACCUUUUAUUGGAUCUUCUACAUGCUGCUGACAUGUAUUUGUUACCAGGUCUAAAAAAGUCUUGUGCAGCAUUGUUGGGUCAGUAUUUGAACACAGAAUGUGUGAUGGCAUACUUACACACAGCACGUUUGCUUGGCUUACCACAACUUGAAGACCAGUGUGCAAAAUUCAUUGCACAGAACAUUUACACAAUGCGGAAUAAUAAAUCAUUACAUCAGAUGAUUUUACAAGAUGCAAUGGAUAUUCAACAUCGACAAGAGACGGACAGUAUUUCUAUUGUUGAUGACAUCAGGUACCAUAUCACCUCACACAUUGCCAGUAUCAGUGAAACAAUUGAAGCAAAUAACAAGUUGAAGGAAAUUGAUGAAUUGCUUGAAACCUUGGGGCUGGAUGCAUAAUCAAAGUCAUUGUUAUCAACUGUAUCUGUUGUUUUGUUUGUUGGUUUUUAUUUUAUAAAACAUGUUGACAUUUUUAAUUUGAAAUAAACUAAUGUGGAUCA